AUGACAGCAUCCCCCACUCCAGAAACGACGUCUCCAGUUGGUCAGAAUCGUUCAAAAAAGCUUCGUAAGAUUGUUAAACCAGGAAAGCCAAUUGCUAAGACAAUAUGGCUAACGGGUCAUGCAAUCUCAUUAUGUUGUGGUUUCUCGUACUCGCUCUUCUACUUCACACGCUCAAGAAAUUGGAUUAGUUGGAUUUUAUAUAAAUUCACAUUAUUCGGUGUUCUAUUAGCAUAUUCAAUCUCGAUACAAAAUCAAUACCCAAUCAAAUCGUUACCACAUUGGUCCGCUUUGAUUUCAUCGGACAAUUUCCAGUAUCUAUUACUCGGUACUUUUUGGAUCUUUAACAGGAACUCGUUUUUCAAAAUAUUACCUUUUCUAAUCAUUUCAUUGCUCCAACUGUCACAGAAUUUCAAAAUACAAUCGAUAUUGAAGUUUGAGAAAAAAUUGAGCAUCUUGGCACUGUAUGACGAAUUGUUCUUAUUUGUCCUCCUAACUUUUGAUACUCUACUUAUGAGAGGUACAUCUGGCUAUGGGUUGGUCAUAUAUUCAUUGUUCAUGUGGUUGAAACUAUUGCAAAGUGAAGAUACUAGGUAUUUCAUCUAUGACAAUAUCAAGAAACUCGACGCUUUGAUGUCCAAAAUUAAAAAUGAAAAAGUUCAAAAAGCAUGGCGUAAAGUUAAGAAAUUCUUAUCCUUGAAACAGGCAAAUUUUGAACAAAAGUAUUUAUAG